GGGAAGAGGAGAGGGGGAGGGAGGGGCAGGAGGGGCGGGGCAGGGCAGAGAAGUGGCUCCUGGCUCUGUAGCUAGCUCGCCCUGACCCUGCGGGGUUGAACCAUGGUCUGGCAGCUGGCGGCGGUCGCAGGCAGGGGCGCAGCCGGGCUCCGACUCCGCCUGGGGCCUCUCCUAGGCAGACCCCUCGGGCCCGCUGCCCCCUUGGCCCCGCGCUUUCUGCUCCUGCUCCGGCCUAGCCCCAUGCACGCACAGGUAAGCUUCCUGGGUACUGGAGGAAGCGGCGGCGGCAGCAGCAGGAGCAGCAGCAGCGGCGGCGGCGGCGGCGGCGGCGGCGGCGGCGGCAGCAGCAGUCCUAGUAGUAGCAGCAGCAGCAGCCUCGUCGAUAGCAGCAACUCGGGCAGCGCCGGCCCCCAGGACCUAAAGAAAACAGAGAGAGCACUCAGAGACUCCAGCGUUCUGGAGGAGAGCAAACAAAGCAAACAGCAGCAGCUGAAAAAGGUGUUUAAAGAAUAUGGAGCCGUGGCUGUUUCAUUGCAUAUUGGCAUCUCAUUAAUAUCUUUGGGAAUAUUCUACUUGGUUGUUUCAAGUGGUGUGGACGUAUCUUCCUUUCUCUUCAAACUCGGGUUUGCAGAAUCACUCCACAACUCUAAGAUUGUCGCCGGCACUAGUACAUUUGUGGUGGCCUAUGCUAUUCACAAACUGUUUGCCCCAGUAAGAAUUAGCAUCACGUUAUUUUCCCUGCCUCUAGUGGUUAGAUACUUUCGGAAGGUGGGUUUUUUUAAGGCUCCAGGGAGCAAGCCUUGAUUCAUAAACAUAGCAUACAAACCUGUCUCUUAAGUCUUAAGCAUUUUGGAGAGAGAGAGAGAGAGAGAGAGAGAGAGAGAGAGAGAGAGUGUGUGUGUGUGUGUGUGUGUGUGUGUGUGUGUGUGUGUGUAAACCACUCAUUACCAUCCCUGGUUUUAAGCAGCUGUACUUGAAAAACAAAUCUGCACUUGACAGUGACUACUUUGGGUUUGGUAUAAAAGAAACACACAUGCCCAAAGACUGUCAGACUGGGAUCCAGUGGCAUAGCUAAGUUGAGUACCCAGGUUGUGACCUAGAACAAGUCACCAUCUCUGGCCUCUUUUCCCUAUCAGUAAAAUGAGGUGGUUGGACUAGAUAAUCUCUGAGCUCCUCUCUGAUUCUUACACUCUGUGAUAAAGUGAAUGUCUGUACCUCCUAUAAUGUCAGUAAAACUCAAAGAAACUGACUGAUCCUCAAAUAGAAUCACCAGGUUACUCAGUGAGAGGAGAUUGAUGAGUCUGCAAAAGCAGGUUUGAGGGGGAGGAGGAGGGGACCACUGAUCUCUGAGUGAGUUCAUAAAAACCAGUGAUUGAAGCUCACUCUUAGAAAUCCUAUCUUCUCUCUUACUUGGCAGACUGCCUGUGGCUAAAUGUGGAAUAUUGUUUCUGCAGAACAGCUGCACUUCUAUGAUUAAUGAAGGCAAAUUUGAGGCUCGACACCAUAUAAUCAGGAACCAAAUUAGCAGUCACACUUUAGUGACACUCAUUAGUUUUGUUUUGGAACAUUUAAAAAAUAGUUCCUGGUAAUGUUUGCACUGACUUCCAAUAGAGCACCUUGGAAUGUAAACAUUUCAGGAUGCUGCCUUAGUUUCAUUAAGUUUUUUGGUGGAUCGAGGCCCAGCUGCUGUUGUGUUUCUUUAUUCAGGUAAACUUGGAAGCGUUUUUUCAGUAGUAGCUGUGGCAAUACGGUGCCAUUGAGCAUCAUUUAUAGAAAUCCUGAAAUUAAAGGGAUGAUAAACCUAUCUGGUUUUACCUGGAAUUGAAUUUCUAACAGUGUAGAGUCAUGUGGCCCAGGGGCCUUUUAACAUUAAUAGAUGACAAUUAGAAAAAAAAACAGUCACAAAGUAGUAAAAGAGAAUUUGACCCUGGCAUUUGUUUUGAAUGUUGUUCAUGUCAACACAUACGUAAGUUACCACUUUGCAGCUGGGUGGUGCAGUGAGUCAGCAUCUCAACUUCAGAUCCUGCCUUAGAUACUUAGCUGUGAGAUCCUGAGCCAGUUGCUUAAUCUUUUUCAGUCUCAGUUUCCUCAUCUGCAAAAUAUAGAUUGUAAUAGCACCUAACUCCCAGAGUUGUUGUGAGGACCAAAGAAGAUAAAUAAACAUGAUAUAUACAGACUGAAUAAUCAGAAAGCUUUGGGCUCUGAGGGAAAAUUGUACUUUAGAUAUAAAAAUUAAAUUGCUAGAUAAAUGUAAAAAUAUAUGCUUUGUAAACCUUAGCUAUUAUUAUUGCCAGAAGAACCUCUAUGCAGAAUUAGAUGCUUUUCCCCCUGAUUUUUCUUUAAAGCAAUCUAUCUUGCACUGAGUAGUCUUAAAUAGCUGCAGACACUUGGUGUUCUGGAUUUCAGGGAAUUGUUCUUGUUAUGAAACUAGGUCCACUAAAAUGGAUAAUUUGUGAACUAGUCAUUUUAGUCAUAUGUGAAUUAGUCAUUUUCCUGUCUACCUUAUAUAGCAGAAACCUCCAACUCCCCUUAAAGGCUGUACAACAAAAGGGGAAUGUGUCAGAAUAAUUAGUGAAAUUGUACCCUUUCAUUCCACUCCCUGCAUUUUACCUGCUAUACUGCUUUCAAGAAGAACUGGGAUUUAAGAAUACCUUGAAGGACCAUGCUGCAUCAAUUAAUGCAGUGUGUUUUGUUGUCAUUACUGUUCAUAAAGCAAAGAGUAGGCUGAAAAUUUUAUUUCAAAAUAAAAUUAUAAUCAAAUUUUUGCAUUAACUGAUAAACCUGAUUCUAGUGUUAAGGAUUGUUGUGAGGCUCUAAUAAGAACGUUAAAUAAAGCACUUUAUAUUUGAAAAGUACCAUAAGUCCCGUUGUGAUAUACUGUGCAUCAGAGACCCAUGAUUCCAUCAGUGUGGUACGUACGGCCUCUACUAAUGCAAAGCACAGCUGCCACAUGCUUUAAAAAACUUUUAUGUGAAUAUGUGGCUGAAAAAAUUAAAACACUUGGUUGUCUACCCACCAGUGAUGACCACAUUCAGUCUAUCUCCAGGCUCAAACUCAAGGGUUUUGCAGCUGGCGCUUAUGCUCCGCUGGCCCAACCUUCAGGAAGCCAAGGUCAUCUCCACAUCACUAUGAGACAUUAGGCAAAGAUCUGAGUAAAUGAAGAAGAAAAUUCUUAAGUAAUUGCAAUGGUGAUUACAAUAUUAUCUCACCAAGUUAAUUGCCAUAUUACUGUCAAUCUGAGCCACCCUUCCAUUGAAUUUUAAUUCUCCUUUCUAUAGUCAGCAAGUAGAAUGAAUAAUCAAAAGGCUUUGGACCCUGAAGGAAAUUGUACUUUAGUUAAAUUAACUUGUUUGAUUUAUAAUUUUAUAUUUUCAUAGUUGGUUUUCAAGGAAAUCAUAAACAAAACUGGACUUCAGUCUGCUUACAAGAACAAACUAAGCCAUUUUUUAAAAAAUUUCACCCAGUCAAUUUUGUCUUUGGGCAAAGUGGGAUGUAUAAACUAUUUGAAGUAUGUAUAAAUACAGGAGGCAUUUUUGUAAGGCAUAUUUUGUGUAAUGAGAAUAUUUUCAUCUUAAUAGUAAUUGUUUCUGAUUUAAAAACCAAUAGCAGAAAAAACUAUAUUGUACUAUUGGUGUUGCAGAAUUACAAUAAAAUAUUUUGUUAGCA